AUGUCGAGCGUUGACAUUACGGUGCUUGGCGCAGGCCAGGACGUCGGUCGGUCGUGCAUCGUUGUGACGUUUCCGUCGCGACGUGUGCUGUUCGACUGCGGUGCGCACUGUGGAUUCGUCGAUCACAGGCGUUACCCGGAUCUGCAGCUGCUCGGAGACCCCAACCAAUACAAUACAUUGUACAACGAGCAAAUGAACGCGGCCUUCGAGUCAAGUGUUUCGGAUGGCGAAAGCAAUUCCGACACUGCCGCUGUUGACGGCGUCCCAACAUCCAACCCAGCCGAUUCGCGAGCGCCUUCAGGUGGCAAAUCUAACGCCAGCAACAUCAAGGACAAAGCGGUGCGCGUAGCGACCUGCAUGAAGAACGCUCUUCAGAAGGCGCUCAUCAACGUAACCGAGCACAUCGACAUCUCCAUCAUAUCGCACUUCCACCUCGACCAUGUGGGAGCACUACCGUUUCUAACGGAACACUUAGGCUACAAUGGCCCGGUGUACAUGACGUACCCUACGCGCGGACUUGCGCCGAUCCUGCUUCGUGACAGUGCCCAAGUGGUCGCCAGCAAGUUCCGCAACACAGUCGACACUGACGGAGCAACGCGUGGACUGAACGUGCUGUUGAACCGUGCCAAAAAGCGGAAGCCGCUCACCGUCGGCGAGCUGGGAAAGGUGGAUCCAUGGGGCUACACAGUCGAUUGCGUCGCCCAGAGCCUCGGUCGAGCACGGGUUAUGCAGUUGCGCGCUACGCAGGAGAUAGGUAACGUGAGCAUUACACCCUACUAUGCUGGGCACGUGCUUGGAGCUGCUAUGUUUCACGUUGAAUGCGACGGGAUUUCUGUAGUUUACACGGGUGAUUUCAAUACCUCCCCGGACAAGCACCUCGGCCCCGCCUACAUUCCGCAGCUGAAACCCGACGUGCUUAUAUGCGAGUCCACAUAUGCGUCAGUCGUGCGGCAACCUCGCCGCGCCACGGAGAUGGAGCUUUGCACCGUUGUGCAUGACUGCCUAAUCGGAGGGGGUAAGGUGCUCAUCCCUGUUUUUGCCGUGGGUCGGGCGCAGGAACUGGCCAUUAUUCUCGACAACUACUGGACCAAAUUGCAGCUUACAUUCCCCAUAUAUUUCGGCGGGGGACUUUCGGAGCGUGCGACAAACUAUUAUAAGCUGCACUCUGCGUGGACUGAUUCGCAAAACAUUCCGAACCUCUCUGAGAACCCGUUUGCAAUGAAGCAUAUGUUGCCCUUUGACAACGGCUUCCUUAAUGACGAUCGCCCCAUGGUCUUGUUUGCCACGCCGGGAAUGGUCCACUCCGGUCUUUCGUUGAAGGUCUGCAAGCUCUGGGGACCAAACCCCAAGAACCUAAUUGUGAUCCCCGGUUAUGCAGCGCAGGGAACAGUGGGGAACAAGCUAAUUUCAGGCGAAAAGCUGAUCCAUACUACUAUCGGCACUAUCGAAAUUAAGUGCAAAGUGCGAUACCUUUCAUUUUCGGCUCAUGCGGACAGCGCAGGGAUAAUGCGGCUCAUUAAACAGGUCCAGCCGAAGCACCUCGUGCUGGUGCACGGCGAGUACGACGGUAUGAAGAAAUUCGCCAAACACAUCGCAGUAGAGUUCGGGAUUCCCGUAUCCCACCCAGCCAACGGGCAGACCAUCACCGUCAAGCAGGCUAAAGGAGGAGCAAAAGUGCCAAUCUAUUAUUAUCCUCAACUGCUUCUGGAGGCUUCCGGAAUAGUGUUAACUAUGAAAGAAGAAAUCGGUAAAUCAAAAUCUCCUGCUAAUGCAAUCGCUUCAAAACCAACAAACGAACAGAAUGCUUCACGUGAUGCAAAGGAUGUUGAAUAUCUCGAUUGUAGUGACUCGGAUUCUUCUGUUGAUUUCUGCAUUAAAAAACUCGAGGAACCGGCCGACCAUGUUUCCGCGAUCAUGUUCCGCUUAGAAGAUGGGAUAAAGUCUCUGUCGUUGCACAGCAACGAUGCGGCGGAAGUGACGGGGAAAUAUAAGCCCACAGACACAGAGAAGGUGGCGGAAUCUGCGGAGACGCCUUCUUCAUCCGCAACUGCGACAAAGUCCGAACAACCAAACGAAACAAAAGGCCGAGAACUAUUGUUGAUGGUGUCACGUAACCAUAUGGCAAAGAUGUUCAGGGAUGGGAUGACACAGCUGUCUAUGAUGCCGGAGCUCCGGUGUCACCGCAUAAAGUACCGCCAGAGUUUUAAGUGCCGAGAGCGGGACUUUGUGGAGGCGACGGAAUAUGUGGCCGGUGUCAUGAACUGCGAAAAAGGCUACUUCGUUGAGGAACUUCCGAUGUAUGCUAAGACCAUGGAAUCUGGAGGUGAGCGCCGGUGUACUAUUGCCUAUUUUGUGUUGUUUGUACUACAUUAA